UGUGAGCGCAGUGAUUGUGAGCAUGGACCUAUCAGCGCUCCUCAGAGGAUCUGUGAAAUGCAGGAAGCAGAAACCUCUCAAGACGAAGGAAACCAGCGGAGAGGCGUUUGAAAACUACAUGAGGAUACUCUACGGGCUGCCUCUUGAUAUCAAGGUUGAUUUGGAAGACACGUUGGACCCAGUUGAACCUGAGAUAGCCUCCUUUGAUCCUGAUCCGUAUCAAAAGGAGCCCGUUACCCUCCCUGCCUUAAAGAAGGUCGUCCGCCGAGAAGCCAUAGUAGAGAUAGUCGUGAAAAAGAAGAUUAAGAAGAAGAAGAAGAAAAAGGAUCCUGAAGCAACCCCUCCUCCAACACCCCUGAAACAAUUCAAACCCGUUCCCAGAGUGCAGAAACCCAUCAAAGUGAAGAAGUAUAAAGAGCCUCCAGAGAUCAUUCCUCCUAAAGAGGAACCUGAACCUCCUCCUCUUCCUCUUCCUCCUCCUCGUCCUGUUCCUUGUCCUCCUCGUCCUCCUCCAAGGCCUUCAUCACAACCCCCACCGAGGGAACCCACCCCCGAGGUGCCGACGUUCCUCAAACAGUUUUCAGAAGCAGCCUGGUUUAAAGAGCUGUAUCCGGAUAAAAGGGGCGUCCCCAGUGAUCUGUCUCCAGAGCAGUUCUCCCUGCAGCUCCUGGAUCAUGUGACCUCCUGCAGCUCCGCCUCCAGGCUGAAGGUCCUCUCCGCUCUGCAGGCGCUUCGCAGCCAGAACCUGCUGCUGAACUCAGAUCAGAUUUACCAGGGACUCCUCCACCUGCUGCACACCUCCAUCAAACCUCCGCUGUCAGCUGUGCAGCAGUCAGCUGUGGUUGAGACGUUGAAUCUGCUGCUGCGUCUCAGGUCUGCCAGUUAUGAGUUUGUGAGGGAGCUUCUCACGCUGCUGGCUUUCAAAUUACUGGGUCUCAGAGAAGCGGUGCUGAGCAUUCUGACUUCACUAUCUGUGAAUGAGCCUGAGAUGUGGCUAGCACCUGAGAUGGAGGGCUGGAAAUCGGACCCGUCUAACACCUGGAGCGGUUUCCAUAACAGAGCAGAGUCCUGGCUGCAGGAGUGGAUCUCCAAAUACAAAGAACAUGCCAGGACUUCAGGCAGGUUCAAGCCAUCGAGCGUCAGCCUGGUGGACGUUCUGAAUUACUUCUGCUCGCUGCAGAGAGAGGAGUUCAGGAAGGCUCGAUGUGUGGCGCCAGCCGGGCACAAAAACACCGUUCUGAUGCCUCUGAAUGACUGUGGCUCUCAUCCAAUCCAGCGUCUAGGAGAGACUCACAGCAUGGCCAGGACCUGGAAGACACCAGGUUUUAUUCUUCCUGCCCUGAGACACCGUCCCUUCCUCAGUCUCUUCCCCAGAUUCAUCUCCUUCCCGUUACCUCGGGUCACUUUGCUCCCCUUCCUCCUGUCUUCAGAGGACACCUGGCUGCAGGCGACAUAUCGACGAUACUUCAUCCUGCAGCAGUCGUACGUCGAGUACUACAGAUGAUACCUCCUUAUAUUAAACAAUUAAACAGAGAUGUUAAAGUACACACAUCCUGUACUCAAGUAGAAGUACACACAUCC